UUUCUCUGCACUCCUGUAUGCAGCUGUGGGUUGUUUAGAUGUGUCUUAUGCCAACACCUGUUAAACUAUCACAACCAUGCGAACCACAGCUGCUGUCACCUCGCUCCUCCUCCUGUUGGCGCUCACCACAGCCAGCAGCGGCGUACAGGAUGACACGGCCAAGGUCGGAGUGACAGUAUUCUUCGAGGCGCUAUGUCCUGACAGCAGACGCUUCAUUGUGCAUCAGCUGUACCCGGUGUGGCGAAGCAUCGGGGACGUCAUGGAAGUGGAUCUGCAUGCUCACGGAAAGUCCUGGGAGACAGACGCGGGGGAAUUCACCUGUCAACACGGAGAGAGGGAGUGUGCAGCCAACCUGAUGAUAACCUGCGCCCAGAAUGUUACUAGGGACUCUCAGGCGCUUAUGAAGUUUAUCCACUGUGUCAUGCAGAAGUCCCAGGGCGUCGACGGAGGCUUGUUGUGUGCCAACGAGACCGGGGUGGAUUACUCUGAUGUGGAGGAAUGCAUGAGGUCCGAUGUUGGGGUGAAGCUGCAGCACAAUAUUGGUGAGAGGCAGGCACAGCUCGACCCACGCCUCUCCUAUGUGCCUUGGAUACUCAUAGAUGACGAGUUCACGGAGAAAACACUGACGGAGGCGCAGGAUGACCUUAUGCGAGUGGUGUGUGACGCUUACAAGGGGCCGACACCCGAGGCAUGCCAGGAGUGACGCCCCGUGACUCCUGCAACCUUCUGUCCACAAUUGCGAGAUGAGAGGCAGUGGAGGGAAGGAAGGAGGGGAACUAUUGUAAACUAUUUGACUAUUGUGUUUAGUACUUAACAAGAGAAUAAACAAAGAUUGAUAAACUGUUGCUACAUGAUAUUGAGAGUUGAGUCUUUGAACUGAUAGAAAAUUAAAUAUAAACUCUCCUUCUUAA